CCCCUUCUUUUCUCUUCAACGAACUGACGAUGGCGACCGGGGUACUCUACACUUAUCCGGAGAAUUUCCGUGCCUACAAGGUGCUGAUUGCCGCACAGUAUUCUGGAGCAAAAGUUACCGUAGCUCCCAAUUUCGUAUUCGGCGAAACUAACAAAUCAGAAGAAUUUCUGAAGAAGUUCCCCGCCGGAAAAGUCCCUGCCUUUGAAAGUGCUGAUGGAAAGGUUUUGUUGACGGAGAGUAACGCCAUCGCCUACUAUGUUUCGGACGCUAAACUGCGCGGCGGAGACGCGGAGACGCAGGCGCGCGUGUGGCAGUGGGCCUCGUGGGCGGACAGCGAGCUGCUGCCCGCCUCCUGCGCUUGGGUUUUCCCGUACCUGGGCAUAAUGCAGUUCAACAAGCAGAACGUGGAGCGCGCGAAGGCGGACCUGCUGGCGGCGCUGCAGGUGCUGGACGCGCACCUGCUGACGCGCACGUUCCUGGUGACGGAGCGCGUGACGCUGGCGGACGUGGUGGUGUACUGCACGCUGCUGCACGCCUUCACGCACGUGCUGGAGCCGGCGCUGCGCAGUGCCCUCGUCAACGUCACGCGCUGGUUCCUCACCGUGGCGCACCAGCCGCAGGUGCGCGCCGCACUCGCCGCCUCCACCUCGCCCGCGCUCUGCACCGCCGCGCCCGUCUACGACCCCAAGAAGUUCCAGGAGCUAACCGGCAAGAAGGACGGCAGCAAGAAGGAUAAGAAAGUAGAAAAGAAGCAGGAGAAGAAACAGGAGCCUAAAAAGGAGGCCGAACCAGAGUUGCCCGAUGAACUCGAAGAGAAACCUAAAGAGAGCAAGGACCCCUUUGAUCUCAUGCCUAAAGGCACAUUCAACAUGGAUGACUUCAAGAGACGCUACUCCAACGAAGACGAAGCAAAGUCCAUCCCUUACUUCUGGCAGAAGUUUGAUCCCGAACAUUACUCCAUCUGGUACGCCGAGUACAAGUAUCCCGAGGAGCUCGCCAAGGUGUUCAUGAGUUGUAAUCUUAUCACAGGCAUGUUCCAGCGGCUGGACAAGAUGCGCAAGCAAGCGUUCGCGUCCGUCUGUCUGUUCGGGUCCGACAACGACUCGACCAUCUCCGGCGUGUGGGUGUGGAGAGGGCAAGAGCUCGCCUUCCCGCUCGCACCCGACUGGCAGGUGGACUACGAGUCCUACGACUGGAAGAAACUGGACCCCAACGACGAGCAAACCAAGACCCUCGUCAAGAACUACUUCUCGUGGACCGGCACCGAUAAGAGCGGCCGGCCCUUCAACCAGGGGAAGAUCUUCAAGUGAUCGGUGUCCAUCGACCUGAGUCGUUUGCGUCGAUGAGAUUGUAUUCAAUACAUAUGUUUUUAUUUAUCACAAUUUAUUGUUUAUUACUUAACAUUCUAAUUUUUGGUGUUACUUAUUUAUCAUUUAUCCCCCAAAGGUUUAAUGCUAACCCCAAAGGUUAAAUCCCCGUUUUGUACUAUUUUCUUCGUUGAGGUCAACAAAGUUUAAUCAAUCGCAGUAUUCUCUCAAGUAAUGGUGUCUGUCAGUGCGGCAACGCCAGUAUUUUGAAAUAGAUGCUUAACAAAUUCUUAUUUUAUCAUCUGAAAUAAGGACAAACUGCUGAGUUGUGCACGUGUCGUGGCCGCAUCGGGGCAUUUAUAAUUUCGUGAUCCGGCCGACCUUCUCAUGAAAUGGUUCUGUUUCUUGAAACGGCCUCCCAAAAUUGAUCAUAUCGUUAAUCCUUCAGGUUCUAAGGCCUAAAGCGUUUACGUUAAAUGACCUGGCAAUUGACAUUUGGUACAAUCAUUAAUGUAGGAUGGCCAAAAAAAGAUAUCUAAUGAGGAAGUAUUUAAAAAUAUAAAAGAAAGCACCUUCACUAGAUGGCGACCAAAGAUGGUCAUUACCGUUCCUUUUAACUAACAUAUUAAUAAACUGAAAUUUGCAUAACUCGAAACUUAGAUAUCAAUACAAAUAAGAAAAAGUUCAAAUG